AUGAUAGUAUCGCGUUUGUACGUUGUGGCCGCGACGGGAUCGCCGGUAAUAAUGGGACUGAGCGCGCCGGGCACGUGUGAUCGUCCGAGACGGAACCAGAACCGAACCAGACCGGUUUCGUCUCCUACCUCGCCCGCUCGUGUCGUCUUCGCGCGCAGUCGUCUUCUCCUUCGUCUUCUCCUCAGCGGUCCUCCCCGUAUCCUCUUCGUCUGCCGCGACGUCUUCGCCCCGUGGUCAUCGUUCUUCCGCCUCGCUCCUUCCGCAGUGCCACCUCCAUAG